UUACCACGACAUUUCGUCGCCAUUACAGCGACGAGGUUGAGAUUGAGGUGGACCGCAACAUAAAUCGUCGUUUACGGCGACAGGGAGUUAUCAAUCUCCCUAACGAGUGUUAAUUCGUGUUACGUACGUUCUUCACGCCUUAGUUUGGCAUACAUUCGUCUGGCAUUACCUUUCUGAAGGUUUUAUACUUUGGAACUGUCGAAGAUGGCUUAUUGAAAAGAUGACGGGUCUGCAGAAAAGAUACGUUUCUCCAUACGGAGGAGACAUACUCUCUGCCAACGAUAAUACUCUCGGGUGCUUCAGCCCAUCUGAAAAUGGAAAAGAAAUCACGAUUGACGCAGUCCUCUGCCAAGGGGCCUGCUGGUGACGCUAAAAAGAAUCAAGACAUUGUAAACGGCAAGGUAUUUCCCAAGAACUCACGGAGACGUGAACCGACCAGUGCCGUCAGUUCUACAAAAAAUGAACAAUUGCGGAAAACCACUGCACAGCGGGGAAAAAAUGUUGAUAAGAGACCAAAACCUAAAGGACAAUAUCAUGGCGGUCCAAAGGAGGAUACCAAGGUAGAGGAAGGUGAGCUUGCCGAGCAUGGCUCGGUAAUGAUCCAAGGAAGUAAGAAGCAGAAUUUGAAUCAUCUGCUAAAUUUCCAUUAUGAGCCGCGUGACAUACACGGUACCUCUGGUGCCUGGAGUCCAGGGAGAUCGACCAGCAAGUACAAUCGCAACAGCAACCGCUGGCUCCCACCUGUGCAGCGCCACAAGUACAACAAGGAGCAGUUUUUACAAGCCAACUGUCAGUUUAUCGUGAAGAGUAGCGGUGAUUAUUCAGCUUACCUUGCCGAUCCCGAUAUUCUGGUCGAAUGGGAUUUGAUUGAGCAAAUUAGGGUUCACAGCUCUGAGAUCUUAUCAUGUCCGAUUUGCUUAUGCGUGCCAGUCGCUGCAAAGAUGACCCGCUGCGGGCAUGUGUAUUGUUGGCCAUGUAUUCUCCAUUAUCUAGCAUUGUCCGAUAAAUCUUGGCGCAAGUGUCCCAUCUGCUAUGAAGCUAUUCACAAGCGUGAUUUGAAGAGCGUGGUAGAAGUUACCCAGAAAGCAUGGAACGUCGACGAUACUGUCUGUCUACGUUUGAUGCGUCGUGAGAGAGACUCAUUACUUGCAGUUCCCGUAGAUCCCACUUCAAAUAUCUCCGUACCUACCACUUUCUUUUCGCUGCUCCAGGAUAACACAGAUGUUAUAUAUUCUAAGCUGUUACUUGCUAAUUCCAAUAACCUCGCAGAUAUCGUAGAAUGCGAACGCGUUCAACUCAAGCUUGAAUUAGAAGAAGAUCCGCAAUCUCCAGAGAAUUGCUUUAUCGAACAAGCCCUCAGUGAAUUGGUUGUAAGAGAAGAAAAACUUUUUGCAAAAGUUGAUGAGGCAAAAUCUGACCCCGGGCCUGUAAAAUGUUCCGAUUCCAAACGUGAAUCUCCACCUACAGAAAUUGGAGAGAACGUCGAUCCUUUCCAACCCGAACAGCCGAUAGAAUUCGAAGAUCAGUUGGAAUUACUUGAAGAUCGGUUGGAUCUUGGAGAUGAGUCAGAAGAAAAUCAUGUACCGUGUGCUGUGGAUUCUGCUAUGGAAUGCCCAGCAUCUUCUGCCUCACCAAAGUUCUUUUAUUUCUAUCAAGCGGAAGACGGACAACACAUCUACCUACAUGCGAUGAAUACCAAGAUGUUAGAACUGCAAUAUGGUAGCUUAGAGAAAAGUCCCCCCAUCAUAACUGGAAAAUUACUAGAAAAAGAAGCUGGCAGUAUGACCGAACAACUAAGACGCAGAUUACGCUAUCUUUACCACUUGCCUCUGACUUGCCAGUUUGAGAUUGCUGAAAUAGAUUUGAAGCCUCCGAUUAUAUCAAAGGGAAAUCUCGCGGUUUUCAGUGAUCAAUUAGAAAACAGGAAGAAACGUCGGCAACGGCGUGCACGUGAGGAAAGAAAAAGAGAGAAGAAGAUCCUCGAAGAAGAAAAUAAACGCAUGGGAAAAUACCCAACUCCUAACGUGCAUAUUGAUUCGCAGCGUCACUUUCCUCAAUGGCAGCCAGAUUCAUCAUUUGCUGGAAUAAAUAUCCCCUCACCACCAGAAUCUGUGACAACAUCCAGCGCCGCUAGUAGUCCAACAAUAAACUCUUUCGACAUUCAUCCAACUGCAGAUUGUCACGAGGUGGGACCUUCCUUUGCCCAAAUGUUACGUACUACUGGUUCACGAGGUGCAUCGAAAAUUGAUUGGCCAAGGGUCGACCCAACUAAUUUGCCUCGGCAUCCAGGCGAAGAAGUGGAGGGAUACGUUCCCGCUCCUUCUUACAGUCAAAGCUUCGGUGAUGCCUUGGCAGAGGCCUUGGAACAUACAGAGUUGAACUCAGGUAAUGGUACAAACAAAGGUGGCAGCGGCAAAAAAAAGAAAAAAAGAGGAAAACCGACCGUCCUCUUCGCAACAAGCAUGGCUCGAGCAUCUUAGUGAAUAAACUGGUCUUUCCUGUGUUCUUUUUCCGAAAUUGCUCAUCUGCAUAAGUACAUUAAUUUAAUAAAAUUAUGCGUUAAUCACUAGUAAUUUGCCUGUACUAGCAAAUAUUUUGUUAGAUCGUUAUCUUCUGUAUGCCUCAACAUCUGGUUUCAAAUAAAGUUCAGUUUGAAAGUAAAA